GUGAGCAUGUUAAUUGCACAACAGAAGAAAUCAUCAUUGACUAGAUUUACUCUUUAGUGUAAACGAUUUUGCGUCUUUGUAGAGAACCGGAAAAGUAAUAAGCCGUCAUCGCAUGGAAUUAACAGUUUCUAAUUUUCAAUUAUCAGUGUUUUUAAAUGUCAGUGUCUGUAGAGCACAUCCAACAGAAGACACAUGACUUUAGAAUAUAAAGUAUGAAUCUAGACGGUAGGAAAUACAAAUGAUACUUUGUAAAACUUGUACAGGAUUCAGCAGAACUAAAUUUAAACCAAAGAACAUUUUAUUUUAAUUCCUUGAAUCUAAAACUUUAUUCGACAAAAACUAUGUUGGAUUUAAAUGGAACAAAUGAGAAUAAUACUAGAAACAAUACAACCUGUUUUGAUAUAUUGGAUGAUGGUGACUGUAAAAAUGAAGAUGACGUCCGUACAUAUUUGGCAACUUAUAUAAUUCCUGAAUGGUAUGAAUGGAUUGUUAUAACGGUUUACAUAUUAACAUUUAUCAUCGGGAUGACUGGAAAUGUUUUGGUAUGUUUUGCGGUGUGGAGAAAUCACCAAAUGCGGACUGUAACUAAUAUGUUCAUAGUAAACCUUUCCGUCGCCGAUUUGGGUAUUAUACUCAUAUGCUUACCUCCAACGUUACUUGUUGACGUAACUGAAACCUGGUUUAUGGGUCUUGUAAUUUGUAAACUGGUUUAUUUUUUAAUGACUGUUUCGAUUUCGGUGUCAGUAUUGACUCUAGCAGCCAUUGCUGUGGAACGAUGGUAUGCGAUUUGCCGACCACUAGCUUUCAAAAGUACACGCAGGAGAGCAAGAAUUAUAAUAUUUGUAAUAUGGAUGGUCUCCGCAUCUGUUGCUCUUCCCGAUAUAAUUUUCCUACGAUUGAAGAGAUUUGAACGAGUACCAGAAAAUGUUUCUGACUUGCUUAUGUCGUGUCAGCCAGGUUUAGACCAGGAGCAGCAGACAGUUUAUCAGAUAGCGUUAAUUGUACUACUGUAUCUAUUGCCGAUGAUUUGCAUUUGCGUCGCGUAUAUACAAAUUUCGCAUGUUCUGUGGAAAGGAGACAUUCCUGGAGAUGGUGACUCAAGAUCAGUUACUCAGCCGAUGAUGGAUACACGAAGGAUGAAUGUUGCCAAUGAACAACUUGCUUCAAGACGUAAAGCUGCUAAGAUGUUAAUCACAGUUGUUUUAGCGUUUGCUGUCUGCUAUUUCCCAGUUCAUCUGCUUAAUAUUUUAAGAUACGCUGGGGUAUUGAAAUAUAUAGCUGUUGAUGGAAUACGUGCAUAUAGCUAUGUUGCUCAUUGGCUGCCUUAUUUAAACAGUUCAAGUAACCCAAUCAUCUAUAACUUCAUGAGUGCUAAGUUCAGGAAGGAAUUCAAGAUGGCAUGUAUAUGCUGUUGUGGACCACCAGAAAAAGGAAAACAGGGCUUCACUUUUACCUCAGCGACGCAUUAUAUCUCACCAAAUAAUGUUGGGACGGAGCAAACAUCCUUGACAACAUUGAAGUAAAAACUGUAUCUUAGCUUCGUCAAAAAGGGUUAAAACGGAAGAAAGACAUGCAAUGUAACAAAGGCGAAUAUAUCAAAUGUAUUUAUGAGGUGGGGUAGGAUGUCUCUUUGAACGAGCGAAUAUAUUAAAUGUAUCACUAUGCGGUAGAGUAUUAGAGUAUAUAUAUCACAGACAGAUGGUGGAAUGGAGCAUACAGCUUUAACUAGUCAGGGGGAAUAAAAAAAUCAAACAUUGGUUUAGAAUAUAUCUGUUUUAAGGGGGCAUUAUCUGUAAAAUUCAUGUUCACCAAUUUGACUUAAACUCUCAUAUUUGAUUUAAACAAUACUGAAACGUAUAUCCAAUUCACAAAAAGUCAAAAAGAUCAAUUAACAAUGCAUGGACUCGUUAUCAUGUAUCAGCUUUUCGUUUAUAUUUUAGACUAGAAGCAAUCUAAUUAAACCCCGAGAUGUCCUUCCGAAGACUGCAUAUGGUCUUAUCACCAAAUAUAAACAUUAGUAUGAAUAGAUAUACUAGCACAAGCAAUCAUAUAUAAUGUUUAGGUCUGUUUGAUUUCAAGUCAUAGAUUAAAAACUAUUUAAGUCUUUGCUUUAUCUGAAUAAGAAGGCUUUUUUGUGGGUAGAAGCAGUCAAAUAAAUGAUUCUUCCUGUUGGAUCCUUUGUUCGCUUUUCAAUGUUGCCGUUCUUUUCAUAUGCUUAGCACAUGCGUUGUGUAACUCAUCUCUAGCUUAGGGUUAAAUUGAAGGUCGCAUGAAAACGAAUCUAAAUGAGGUUGAAUUAUUGACUUGCAAGCCCAUUAUACAUCAUCGAUGUUUUUAGCUUAUAUUGACCAAAUUGAACCAAACUGACUGUUAAUAGAGAAUUAUUAUUUCAAUAUUCCGCUUUUAUUAAUGUUUGGGGGAAAAAAAAUCAUAUUUUUAUUUUUUUUCGUCUAUAUCAUGUAUAUCGAAGCUAAUGUCCCUUUAAAUAGAUAUUAAAAUUAAGUUUUCAUUUGAUAAAUUGAAUGUGAUCUAUAGUAUUAUUUAAUAAUUUGGUUUUUCUUUGUUAUGUUUCUGUGUAAGUUGUAACUGUAUUUUCCAUUAAACAUGAUAUAAUUUUGUACUAUUCAUCUUAACGCAAACGCUGUUGCUUAAUAGCAGAUAAUACAAAUAAAUCCGUGUAAUUUUUCCUUCAGGGAUACACUUCACCAGUU